UCAAAGGAAUAGACCAUCCAACCGUUCGUCGGGACUUGCCUUCUUGUUCUUGAUGCCGAGGAGGGAGACGCCAGCCUCAGCAGCCCACUCGAGCCUGAAGCUCCGUACGCAGACAGAGAAUAAAUUCGUCGUGUCAUUCCUCUGCGUCUCUUACAGCUUGGCCACCACAUCGCCGGGUUUGGAAAGCAAGAGAGCUUGGUGGAGGGCAUUUCCACGACCCUAUUGCAUUCCAUCAAAGCCAACACGUCUCCUCACCACCAGCAGCACACAGGAUGGCGUGUAUGUGUCGCUACAUUGUCUGUUUGCUGCAGUACGUCAGGUUUGCUUUCGUACAUGACUGACAUGACGCCCACGUGACCGCUCUGUGCAGCGUGAAGGAAGGGUGUGAACUGCGCGCAGGAAUAACACCACAUACAGGCCGCUGGGUGCAUGUCUGUCGGCUUCUUGAUUGCAUACUCCUAUGAAGUCUCGUUUGUCGAGAAUGUCCUUGCCGUCUCGCUCGAUGAACAAACGGACGGACUGCUCAUCGCGAGCCUUGACCGCCUCGAAGAUAUCGGCCUGCACAUUAAGAAUGCCAAAGUACAUUCGACGCUCCCUCAGCCUCCCUGUUGCAUGUACUUCGUGUGCGUACGUGUUCGGCGUUUGACGGUUGUGGUGACAAAGAUGGGGUGCCGGGCGCUGAGGGCGAGACGGGUACUGGGGCUGGCGUCGGGGUAACUGCAUAUGCGGUAAGCCUUAAAUUGGUCAUCUCAUCUGCAUUAGUAGCCCACCGAGACUGCUGUUGGGCCGUGGGUCGGGGGUCACUGCCAUCGACAGCACGUCACAUGAGGCAAUCUGGGUGAGCAGUGGUGGUGGGGUGGUGUGUCACCUGGCCGCGGCCUUUCGUUGGUCAGUUUGUCGAGCAGCUGCCGCAGAGCAGCACGUCAGAAGCACAGAGACACAGGAACGUCAUCUCUUGAAAGCCUCAGUCAGAGCGCGUCACUUCAUCUCUUGUGCGCUCGGCCGACUUCUUGGAUUGAAGGCGAAACAACUCUGGUGGGCCACGUGAACAACGCGACAGGUGCAUUCACCAUGUACGCAACAUUGUGCGUCCGGUGUCUUGCCUGGAUGGCCUGCUUGACAUUGACGGGGAUUUCUGAGGGGAUGGGGGGCGCCUGCAUGACACAGGAACACACGCCUGCUAACAGAAGCUUGUCCACACACUUAUGCAGCCGCCACCUCUCUAUUCUCGUAUAUCUUCCUCGCGAUCUCCCUUUUACUGAGGCCAGCGAAAGCCGGAGAUGCUACAGAUACAAGGGGCCACCAGCCCUCCUGUGUGCCGUGCUUUCUCUGUGUCUCACUCACCGCCGAAUAUUUCUGCAAAGAUCAAUCUGACUGGCCAGAUGUCCGACCUGAGCUCCAAGUGGGGCCCUGAGAGGUGACAGGAAUCUCACUAACUGUAUGAUUAUCAAUGUCAUUCUGCAAGUACUGUCUGCGUAGGCCUCUGGGGGGGCAUAUAGGGGAGUUCCCGCUGCAGCCACGCAAGUAUGGGUCGCUUUGGGAUUAGAUCUUUGCGUCUGUUACCGAAGUCAUGGACGCUUAGGUACGACCUCUCCUCGGGCAUCACCCAAGCCAGACCGAAGUCUGAGAGCUUCACAUUUCCGUCGUUGUCCAGCUGCACAUCAAGCAGAGAAGACACAUGGAUGUGAACAAAUUAUGCUACUGCUGCAUGUCUCAGCCACCAGAAUAUUCUCGGGCUUGAGGUCACGAUGGCCGAUGCCUUUGCUAUGGGCAUGGAUGAGACCCCCACAUAUCUGAUACACAGAAAAAGCAAAAGUGAUAAACACACGGAAUCGCGAACUUUAAGUCCGCCUCACCUGCUUGGCAUACUUGUACUGCAGGUGCUCGGGGACUCCUGACUUCCUUCUGCCCAGUUUCUUGAGAAAUUUGUCCAGUGAAUCCUCAUAGUACUCUGCACGAUAGAUGGCACCUACCUCUUCAGUUCAGUGUUCAGGUGUAUCCUCAGACGUAUCUCUCUUUCUCACCGAGGACGAGAAGGGGAAUCUUCGUGUCGUAACACACACCUAGCAGCCUCACGACAUGAGGGUGCUUCAAGCGGGCCAGGGCGUCGGCUUCCUGCAGAACUUUGUCUUUCAGACCCUGCACAAUCACACAAAGAUCAGCACGAGACCGGGGACGCCCCUGCCGAUGGCUAUCACCUCUCUGCCGAAGACCUUCUCGAGUUCUCUUUUCGCCUUCUUGAUGGCGACCCUCGUCUCGCCCCACAUGGCCUUAUACACCUGCAACAUGGACAUCAGGAGGUGUGUGUCACUGUAUGACUGACUGCAGCAGUUGUUCUUUCGGCCGACCUCAGCGAACGCACCACCUCCAACGAAGUCCUCUUCAUCGUCCCAGUGGAGGUCAUGAAUUCGUAUCGAGUCUAUCUGGACAGAGCCGCGCCUCAUCGCUGGAGGCCGGUGAAAGGGGAAAGCGGAAGGG